AAUAACAUCUAUGUGUUUGUGGUAGAUUAUAUAUCACAGCAACCAGCCCGGAUGGCAGCUCAAAAUAGUUUGUGUGUAAUCGCUUCAUAUACUCGCAAAAAUAAUGCACAAUUGUUUAGAUCUAAUCACAACAUACUUUCAAUGCGAGACCACAUAUACAUACGGAGCAUCACAUCAUCAAACAACAUCAAUAAAUGUUCUCAGCUUUUGAAAUCAAACAAACGCUCCUACGUCCAAUCGAGAAGUUCGACACGAGAGUGUGUGGCAGGGGAUAUUGAGUUAAAACAUGCAAUACUACUUAAACAUGUUCGGAAUCAAUUGAUCGCCAAAGCUAUUGAUCAUCUUAAACUUGAUGAUAUAUUCAUGGUAGAUGCUAUUUAUCGAGUUGGGCUUGGUUAUCUCUUUAAAGACGAGAUCAAGUUAAUUUUGGAACGACGAUACUUGCAAUUUAUAAGAAAGGAUUUCAUUGAGCAUUUGAAUCUUUAUGAAGUCUCUUUAUGCUUUCGAAUCCUAAGGCAGAAUGGUUUUCAUGUGUCUAAAGAUGUGUUCAAGCCAUUCAAAGGAAAAGAUGACAAGUUUGACGAAAAACAUAAAAAAGACAUUAGAGGUAUGAUGGAAUUAUAUGAAGCUUCGCUGUUACGUAUAAAAGGAGAAAACAUACUUGAUGAAGCAGAAAAUUUUAGCAGCCAAAUACUAGAGGAUACAAUCACAUAUCUUGAUGAUAAUGAUGAAUCAAGGAUGAUUAGAUAUACACUUGAAAAUCCUCAAAGAAAAACGUUAACGAGCUGUAUCAAAGAAUCGAAUAAUAUAGUGCAGGAGUUAGCAGAAGUGGAAUGCAAGAUGGUCCAGCCCAUACGUACAAUGGAACUAAAUCAAAUCUCAAGGUGGUGGAACGAAACAGGAUUGGGGCAAGAUCUAUGUCGGGCUAGGAACCAACCUCUAAAGUGGUACAUUUGGCCGAUGGUUGCCCUUCCUAAUCCCGCAUUUUCACAGCAGAGAGUUGAUCUAACGAAAGUUGUUUCCCUUAUUUAUGUUAUAGACGACGUUUUUGAUAUAUAUGGUACCCUUGAUGAAGUAACUCUAUUUACGAAAGCUGUAAACAGGUGGGAUAUCAAGGCUAUCGAAGAACUUCCAUACUACAUGAGGUCUUCGUUCAAGGUGUUAUAUGAAGUUACAAAUGAAAUCGCUGGCAAAGUUUCUAAAAAACAUGGAUUUAACCCAAUGGACUCCUUAAGAAGUUCGUGGGCGACACUUUGUGAAGCAUUUCUUGUAGAAGCCAAAUGGUUUGCAUCCGGACACGUUCCAACUACAGAUGAAUACCUCAAGAACGGGAUAGUAAGUUCAGGCAUACAAGUUUUUCUUGUUCACCUGUUCUUCCUCCUUGGAGAUGGUAGCACCAAGGAAAAGGCAAGAGUAAUCAACGAUAACCAAGGCAUUGUAUUCUUAGUAUCAAAAAUAUUGCGUCUAUCAGAUGACUUGCAAUGUGUACUGCAGGAUGAGAAUCAAGAUGGCCAUGAUGGAUCUUUCGUCAAGUGUUUACUCGUAGAACAUGGUGAUAUUUCAGUUGAGAUUGCAACGGAGCGUGUCAUUCAAAUGAUUUCCGAUGCUUGGAAGUGUCUAAACAAGGAGUGUCUAUCUGGUAAUCCUUUUUCAGAGGAUUUCACUAAAGGAUCAAUAAAUGUAGCGAGAUUGGUUCCGUUAGUGUACUCUUAUAGUGACAAUAAUUCUUUUCCAUUGCUACAUGACAUUUCCUAAUACCGGCCAGUUUGCUAUCUCUGUGCCUAUGUAUGAUGAAUUAUAUAUGGUGUUUGUAACUUGUAAGUUUAAUCUUUGGCUUAAUAUAGAUGAGUUAUUGUAUACAUUGUAUUU